GCUUGAGUAUUUUGUCAGACGAAUAAGGGAGUGUUGUGAAUGAAAUUUUCCUCGAUUUUCUCGUCCAAGGAGGGAAAUAACCGGUUAUUUUCCCGCUUUUAGUUUGUAUCUGUCCAAAAUAAGGACAUCCUUGGCAGAAAAAGUCAUAUUCAUCGAGUACUUUGACGAAAUCUUGCUAACUUGGGCACUAAGUUGGACGCCAUGUCUUGGGUGAAGCAAAAAGAGUCUGUGGAUCUCGAUCAGUUCCAAAACAUCGAUGAGGAUUCUUUAGUGGAAGCUCUGUCUCCAGAGGAGUUAGCAGACCUCAAUGCAGCUAUUGAUCCCGAGGUAAGAAUUUAUAUUAAAGAAAGACAUGCUGUCCCUCCAGUGAUCCAAGUAAUCAUGCCAAGUCGUGAGUCGCUCACUCCUGCUAGCAUCGAAGCAUGUUAUGUGUUCGAUAUGCUUUGUUUGCUUUUGCAACUCACCGAGCGACACAUCGCUGUUUUAGCGUUUUACCUAGGUUCGUAAGGAUGUUUUUGUCCUAAACAGGGAUGAUUAUUUUUUGAUCUCACAUACAUUCAUGCUGAGUGUAUGUUGUAGUAAUUUGCAUUCAUGGUGACUAGAUUCACGCACCCUAUACUCGAACACAGCACUGAUUUAUAAGGGCUAUAUUUUGGAUCACCUGAAAGUUAACCUUCGUUUGUAUUAUUUAACCAACAAAGUGAAUGUUAUGAUCAGUUUUAUGAAGCCCAGUCUUUUACACAUUCACGAAGACGUACCUAUAAUUAGACUUUGAGCGUGUGUUUAUGUUAACUUUUGAUUCGGAUAUUGGCCACUAUGGUACUUUUAAAAGUCGUUUUUUUUUCAUCGUCAUUCAUGGAAAAAAGCUAAAUGUAAUUCCCCUUGAAGUGAGUGUUUUUGGGUUGAUAUUCCUCGACAAUUACUUGUCAAUGCUCUUCAUAUAAUGAGUGUGAUUGGUCAGAAAGUAGUUUGAUAGCAGCCAGAUCUCUUCAUGGAUACUGGUUUCCUUAGACUAGUCUCGAUAAAGUUAGAGAGGAAAUGCUGAGAUUUUCCGCGCGGAUUUUAAUACAUCGAAUGUUUAAACAAGUUUUUUUAUUAUCUCAGGAAGGGGUUACAUUGACAUGAUAAGUCCUAAGUAUUUUAUAGCAUGAGCUUAGCAUGAAACUUUGAAAAGCUGGUUUUGUUAUCUGUCAGCUUGCAUGCAUGAUAAUUCUUAUGGUGAGGAGAUCUUCUUUCUGUGAGGAUUGCAAAGACUUUGCAAAGAUGUUGCAUUUAAUUGUGCACUAAACUGAUAGUAGAACAGAUUUAAUAGAUUGUUCAAGUGCCUUGUAGGUCCACUUGAAAUUGUGUUUUGUGUUAUGGAGAAAUACAGACCUAUUUUUAAUGGCUUCAACAGAUGCUACAAUUUAACUGGUCAAAAAAUAUUGCUUUUUUGGUAAUUUAAACACUCUUGCCAUGCACUCUGCAUUCUUGCACUUCCUGAAAGACUGCUUUUAUUAACUUGAUGUUGCAUCCUGAGAACUAAAUUUACUUAGAAAAGAUGAAAUACCUUUGUAGUUAUGUACACAGCUAAAGCAGUUGUGAAAAUGAUCAGUUAUCUAAUAAUCUUUAAAAUUUAUGAUUAUUAUUUUAUUCAUUCUAGUGACCUUUUAAGAUUUAUCCUUAUUUGAAAUUUAUAAAGCGAUUGUAUCCCCCAGCUUUCACACAAGUUCUUUUGGAAUCUGAAAGUGAAGUAACUGAUGGUAAACUGGUAUUGACCAAGGUUCCAAUUCUCAUUAGAAACUCAGACGUUUGUUUUUCCUUUCUUAACAACAAAUUUUUAAUAUUUCCUCCACAUUUUAUCUCUUUAAAAGAAUGCCCUUCUCCCAGUUCAUGAGCGGCAAGAAAACCAGACAGAAAAGGAUAACACUGGACCAUUUGAUCGACAACAUCUGUUGGAACACCUGGAAGAACAGGCUAAGAAUCUGAAGGAACGUUCAGAUUAUGUUCCAUACAAGAAAGAAACACGUGGCAAAGUUUGGCGGCCAAAGGAGCAGCCAGGGAAAAAAGAUCCAACUCCACUGCUCCCUGAUGAUCUCAGUGAGGUUUUAGAUAAUGCAACUGAUGAGGAAAUGAUGGAACUUGCAGGUAAAUGAAACGACCAUUGAUCUCUGUGCAAAGGUUCAAGUGUUACUUUUUAGUACUAUAAUCAGUGGAAUAUUGUUAUUGUGAAAUUCUAAGGGAUUGACUAGAAGUUUCCAAAAUGUGCUCUCUUGUUGCAUUCUCCUCGUGGUGAUGAAAUGGUGUCUCAAGUUUGAGAUUUCCAGUGAUCACAGUAUCAAGACUGCAUUGUAACAAAUUAUUCGUUUAUUUGUAUAGUUGACCAUCUGCGUUAUACACAGUCUAUAGCAUACAUAGGCUGCUGCAUAUUCAAGACAGACAUUUUUAUAGGAGUUAUGUGUUUUAGCUUUUGUUAAAAGGAAACUUGUAUCAAGCUUACUUAACCCUUUAACUCCCAUGAGUGACCAAGACAGUAUUUCUCCUUACAAUAUCAAUACAUUAUCAACCAGAUAAGUGAUGAGAAUUAAGAAAACUAUCAAUUUGGGGAUAAUUAGUUGAUUCAAUACUAAAUUCUCUGAACUAACAAUUUGACAGAAAGGGAUAAUUAGUUGAUUGUUUGUUGACCAAAAAAUCCAAGAUUCCCUGAAGGCUUGAACUUGAUUGUUUUUUGAUAUUGUUCUUCUUGAUUGUUUUUGAUAUUGUUCUUCCAGCAAUACUUGGUGUGCAUGGCAUGUUAACCCAAACUCAGAGUCACUUUGCAGAAAAGAUGGAAGCUGGGAAAGCUUUAAGAGGCAGUGGCUUAAAGAAAUACAAACCUGGUGAGUUAAACACCACAGUACUCCUAUAUGUUCUCAGGGUUGUGCUCUUGCAAAGCAUGGGUGCUAUAUGCAACCUGUGCUUUUGUCUUUGGGAAACUUACAAAACUUCGUUUUUAUGAAAGGGCUUAACCCUUAAACUUCCAUGAGCAACCAAGGCAGAUUUCAUAUUUAUAACUUCUUCAAAACUGCUGAUGAAAACUAUAAAACAUUUGUUAGUGGAUUUGGUUUUAAGACCUGUCUUGAUCACAGGCAGUCGACUUAUGGCCUGUAGUUGUUAGAGCAGUAUUAUACUUAUAUUGCCUAGCUCAUUCAUUUGAAUCCAGCAGAGGAUUGCCUUUGGUGAAUUCAGUUUUAGUUUUCAGCUGCUAAAGUACAAUGAAAGAUUAAAAGUAUUCCUUUUCUAAUCCCAGGUGUUGUAAAGGCAACUAAGAUAAAAAAGCCUGACCUCACAGCUGUAAAUGAGUUGGACCUUGGGAAAGCAAUGGAACAAUUCAAAAGAAAUGAUGCAAAAUUGACAAAUCUAAACAUGAACAAUCAUAGAGAUGUCACUACAGAGAUUCUUGAAGAUGUUGCCAAGGCACUGAAAAGUAAUACCAAUCUUAAACAUCUUCAGUUAGCCAACACACAGAUGACAGACAAGACUGCCAAGGUAUUCUUUGUCUAGGAUAAACUCUGAAUUGAAGCGCAUUCAAAAAACAGUUUUUGUCUCAUUUGUUUCCAAUUUUUUGACAAUUUUGCUUGUUAUUCAAGCAAUAAUUAUGAUCUUCAGGGAAAAUCAUUUUGAUAGCACUACUUACCAUGUUGCAACAAAAGUCGGUAACCAUGAAAGACAGGACUAUCUUCCCCUCCCCUGGUUGAUAACAUUGUUUGACAGACAUCUACAUUUUGUUUGAAAAUAAAUUUGCUGUUUGAUUCUCUCAGAUGUUUGCAGAGGCAUUAAGUAAAAACAAGACCUUGGAGAGCAUCAACCUGGAGUCUAACUUCCUGACUGGAGAUGGAAUCAUGGUGUGUAGCUGACAUUAUUUCUGCAGUUCAUUUUUGCAGUAACUUGUGGAAUGUUUUGUCAAAAUCUCAGAAGCCCUUGUUCAAGAUGACAAAGGUUGAUGGAAAACACACAGAAGCUAUUUGACUAAAAUAUUAAUCACUUGCAUGCAAAUAUAGUACUCAACAAUUAUAUCUGAGAAGUUAUACAUGUAGACCAAAUGUUUUUAGAAACAAGUUAUUGUGAAGGAUAUAAUAUCUAAUAAACAAAAAAUAAACACCCAAUUUUUUUCAACUUCCAAUAUUUCGUUUUAUCUUCCUUGAAACUGGCAAUAUAAGCCUGGCAUGUGAUAAAUUGAUUUUCUUCUCUCCUUUCAUGUUGACAGUCAGCUUUAAGUAACACAUGAUUUUUGGUGAUGAGAAGCAAUAUGCUGAUCUCUAAGUACUAAAUAGCAUUAAUAUUUCUCUAUUUAUUUUUUUUUCAGGCAAUCAUGAAAGUUCUAGAAACCAAUACUAACUUGACAGCACUGAGGCUAUCCAAUCAGGUGAAUAUAUAUUUUUUAUCAAAGGUGCUUGUUUACAACCCAUUCAGUAAAUAAAUGUUGCAGUUUAUUAUGAUCAUGAUGAUAACUAUGCAUUCCUUGGUGGUCAUAUAAGUCUGUGGUCUUACAAUGAUUAAGUUUCAUCCUCAAUCUGUACUAUUUAAAAUAUUUUCUAUUGGUUCUGGGAUACUGAAAAUGUGGUGAAGCAUGCUGAGCAAUCUUUUUAUGUCUACAGCUUGUGUUAAGUUUGGUUACUCUACUGCUUCAUACUGUUGAGCCAGUUGUUUAUGCUUUUCUUUAUAGUCUGCCAUUAUUGGUAGUCAAGUUGAACAAAAAAUUGUCACCUCUUUGGAAAAGAACAGAACACUGCUUGUUUUUGGUAUGAGUUUUGACACACAAGGACCAAGAAUCAGAGCAGCAGAGUUGAUGGUUCGAAACAAUGAUUCAAGUAAGUUAUUAAUAUAUAUUGGGUGAACAGGGGGGAGAAAGUCAGUUGGCUCUUAGAUUUGCACCCAGGUUGUAUCAUUAGUGUUUGCUUGAUAAAUCACCUGGGAAGCAGUUAGUUAUUGUUACCGAAACUCCCAAACAGAAAAUAGUUUGCAAUCAGUGACAAUUUAAGUCUUGCCUUUUUGGCCAGAUAGAAUUAGUUUUAAUUAAUACCAAGGGAAAAACCUUUUUCUUGUGUGAAAAUUGUAAUAUUAAAACUGCAGUGGGAUAGAAAUGAAGCUAAAAUUUCUCAUUAACUCUUUACUUCCAAGAUUUUCAAUUCUCCCCUUAGUUACAAAAAUCUGGUGUUGGAUCAAGAUAUCAACUUCUUCCUGAUUAGUUUGAGUAUUCUCGUUACCUGUUUGCGGGAUAGUAUAUGAAUAUUUUAGGGAGAAGUUACAUGUUAAUAAUUUCUGGGAGUUUAAGAGUUAAGGAACCACUUUAUACAGGUUUCAGGGAAUAAAGGGGUUGACUUUAGUGUCAGUAAAUGUGGAAGGAAUUGUUUUGGACUAGGGCUCAUGUCCGCUUAAUAUAGGGUCCCCUUGAUACAGGUUUCAGUGUAAUGUUUGUGUUGUACAUGACCUUACACAUAAUGGCAUUAGUUUAAAUUACUGAAGUGAAUUCUUUGUUUUCUGUUUUUAGUUCGACUGGACAGGGUAGAGAAUGGCGAUGUGAAUGGAGAAGAAGAUGAUGCUAUUGAGGAAGAAGACGAAGACGAAGAAGAGGAGGACGAGGAGGAAGAAGACGAUGAAGAGUAAAACUUCAAAUAUUGUCAUUCUCAUUCUUUAAUUAACUUCUGUGAUGAAGGUUCACUCUAUCUGCGAAUAAAUCUGUAUGGAAACAGAAGUGACUUAAAAAAUUAUCCAGGUAAUCUCCCUGGUGAGCUUGUGCCAAUAGUGUCAAGACAGAACUUGUGUAAUGUUCUUCAGCUUGUAUUCUUUAAUUCAAAGUUGUAACCAGUGUUGAUAAUUAGGUAACUACCCCUAUAAUGAUAUGCAGAUACUGCUUUCUUGUUAGUAUUAUAAAGGGACUAACUUAGUAUCAAUCCAUCAUGCUAAGGGUGAGUUAGAGACUCAUUCUUGGAAGUGAAUUUAAUAAUUUUUGCGGAAUAUUAUUAGGUAGAACUCAAGUAUCGAGAAUCUUUGAUUUUCUUGUGGCUUCCUUGUAGGUUAAAGUUAGUUGUUGUAAUUUUUCAUAACGCUGAGUACGUUUGAGUGGACGAAGCAGUAUAAAGGUGUAAAAAAAAAAUUUAACUUUACACCUUCUGGUCGCUUAACUUGCGUUUCAUUUGAAGGAGCUUCAAAAACUUUCCCAAGGUGGCGGUCAGGCUGCAAUCAGAUUCAAUCUUCUCUAUCUCUCACCACUGGUUUUACUUUUUAGUAAAACUACUUUUGUUUUGGUGUUUUUCCAUCCAAACUAUAUAUUUUGUGGCUUCCCUCACUUUGAAAGUAAUUAAUUUGGCGUAUUUUAUGAAAGAGACUGAAUCUCAUACUGCUGUGGGCUUGUUUCCUGUCAAGUCAAAUGAAAAGUUUUCGUGAGGUAUUCAUCUUGUCUUCGUUCCAUCUCAGGAGUUGUUUAUAAUGGGGGUGUUUUUUUCGUUUGUUGAAAUACUAGCAUCGACUUUACACUUAGCUUGUAUUUCCUGGCUCGCGUAAAUUCCCUUUUAUGUGAAGUCUUAAAAUGUUUUGUAACACCAAGACCGGCAACGUCUUGCAGUUGCUCUUUCUUCAUUUUCAUUGGUUGUCCUGGGAAGUUUCGUUUUCAUCGUAAGUCAUAAUUCUGCCAUAGGCUUCUCGUUACUUGAUUUCUUUGCACAACAGUGCGCAAUUUUAUUCUGGUUUUUUUUUUUUGUUUUUGGUCAUUGUCUUUUUCAGCCAUUUACAAAUUGCUGCUUUUGUAAUAUCGUAAAAGUAAUUUGAUCCUCAUCCAUUUUUAGGCAAUUUUGAACACAAGUGUGCUGUAUCUCAGCGAUUGUGAUUUCACGGCUGCGAAGGUCAUGUCCUCUUAAUUUGUGUGUAAAUUAGUUUAUUUGGUUCAAAAAUACAUCUGACGUAUGUGUUCAUUUAUUCUUACAACAUGGAUUUACGUUUUGCGUGAAGCUUGCGUUUUAGCGCGGAAAGAUUUCAAUUUGAAUUUGAACACCUUCCAUUCAUAACAGUAACUCGCGAAGGAAAUGACUCAUUUUCUAAUCCUGACUGACCUUGGGCAGAGUUUUUAACUAACUUUUCUCAAGUGGUUUCUUUUUUUUUCCGAGAGAAAGUUGAAUAUUUACAGGCGGUGGCUAGCGCUAGUUUUAAAUUAACUCUAAUCUGUCGAAAAUAAAGGUAUUGAAAACUGAGAUGAAUUUAAAGCUUUUAAUCAUGGCGUUAUUUAACGUAUUUUCUUUCUUAAAGACACGUGUUGAACGCCGUACCUUUGACGUGCACAAUAUACUUAUUUCACUUUGGUACAGUGAAGUUAUGGAAAUUUUUCAAAUGCCGUAAUUUGUAUUGCCGCCCUAGGAAACAUGAUCUUUUUGACAAGUGAGAGGUACAGCUGAUGGCGAGGGGAACCAAUAAAAAC